ACCAAGCGAUCGCCGAGAGCCCCGCCGCCAUUUUCCCGGAAGGAAGGACGGAAGGUGGGCAGAGGCCUGCGGCGGCCGGAGGAGAGGAGGUCCCUGCAUAGAGGCUUGUCUGGAUCCUAGCAGCCGAAAGCUAGCAGCAUGUUCCACGGCAUCCCUGCCAACCCGGGGAUGGGAGCCCCAGCAAACAGGCCGGAACUGUACGAGGAAGUGAAGCUGUACAAGAAUGCCCGGGAGCGAGAGAAGUACGACAACAUGGCCGAGCUGUUCGCAGUGGUGAAGACCAUGCAGGCUCUGGAGAAGGCCUACAUCAAGGACUGCGUCACCCCCAACGAGUACACGGCGGCCUGCUCUCGCCUUCUGGUCCAGUACAAGGCCGCCUUCAAGCAGGUCCAAGGCCUGGAGAUCAACUCCAUUGAUGACUUCUGCCGCAAGUUUCGGCUCGACUGCCCGCUGGCCAUGGAGAGGAUCAAGGAGGACCGACCCAUCACCAUCAAGGACGACAAAGGCAACCUGAACCGCUGCAUCGCAGACAUCGUCUCGCUCUUUAUCACAGUGAUGGACAAACUGCGCCUGGAAAUCCGAGCCAUGGACGAGAUCCAGCCUGACCUCCGGGAACUGAUGGAGACCAUGAACCGCAUGAGCCACCUGCCCCAGGACUUCGAGGGGCGGCAGAAAGUCCAGCAGUGGCUGCAGACGCUGAGCGGGAUGUCUGCCUCGGACGAACUCGACGACUCCCAAGUCCGGCAGAUGCUCUUUGACCUGGAAUCGGCCUACAAUGCCUUCAACCGCUUCCUGCAUUCCUGAGGCUGAGGCUGGGCCUCAGCGGGGGUCCCUGCCUGACCCUCUUCCUUUGGUGUAAAUAUCCAAGCAGGCCUGGGGUCCCAAAGAGCCCCUCUCCUUUCCCGCCCUCGGGGCUUACCUUGUGCCAGCUGAAACAGAGGAGGAAAACAAAAAGGGUGGUGUGCGGGGUAGGGUGGGGGGGUGUAUUUUCCCUAAUGCAGCUAGAGCCCCUCCUGGAGUGAGCAGGAGGCUGCCAAUGGCUGCGUGGGGCCUGUAUUUAUUUGAGCUUUGUUUCUUUCGGAAGGAAAUAAAUCCCCUUUCUACAGUAA